CUGCUCGUUUGAGUUGUUUGUCUAUCCCGCAAAGGUUAUUCCGGUUCGCUAUCUAUGCUGUGAUUGCUAUCACAUUUCGUCAUAAAAAAUAAGUACAGUUCAAAUAGUUACAGCAACUGAAAUAAUCCUUGCAAGUAACUUCGCCUUGAAUUAAAAUUUCAGGGUUUUGUAAGCUGGAAAAACUAGCCGUUUGUGCUUACACGUUUGUGCUUUGCGGUGCUUUCAUCUUGUGGGGGGCAGUUACCGACUACCAUACAAAAUUUCUCGCGCCGAAGUCCGAGUAAGUUCCUAGUUCCAUUUUUUGUUUUCCUAUUAAUCUGGGACGUACAUCAACUGCGAUACACUGGGCGGUCAUUGCAAUUAAAAGAAGGAUUCUGAUAAUCUUAUCUCAUCACAGGAAAGCAGAUGCAAGAUGCCUGGCCUUGCCACCCACGCGGAACUAUUUUGCAAAAACCUUGUUUGCAUUUUCUUGUUUAUUUUGGUAGCACUUGCUCCUUUAACAUCAAGUACUGAAGUUCGCUCAGAAUCUGGAUCUUCUGAAUUUUGUUCUGCUGGUAACGGAGAGGGGGAUUGCAGUAUCAAUUCAGGGAGGGUUCUGUCACUAGAACUUCUCGAUGAGCGCGAUUUGGCGGAGACAACUCCUGGAGAUACUGGCACUGGCGCAAGUUCGACAACAAGCGACAAAUGGAGCGUUUAUCGCAAACUCGUAUCUGAAGCUCUGGAAGCUUACAGGCCCUGCUCAACAGAUAAAGAAUCCAACGUGCGUGUAUGUUAUCGCCGCGCUUUAAAGAAAGAUCUGGAACCCUUUGCCGACGGCAUUUCAAGAGAUGCAUUCCUGUCCGUUCUUGAUCAUGGUACCGUGUACCAGAUUAUUAACAAUCGACUUUAUCGGCAGCGUGAUUGCUUGUUUCCCUCUCGGUGUUCUGGGAUUGAGCAUUUUCUGCUAAAAUUAUUAAAAGAUUUGCCAGAUACGGAAAUGGUUGUUAAUGUGCGAGACUAUCCUCAGGCGUAUGCCAAUCAUGCCGCUGCUGCACCUGUGUUUUCCUUCAGCAAAUCGUCGGUCUUCGAUGACAUUCUGUAUCCGGCGUGGACAUUUUGGGAAGGUGGUCCCGCCAUAAUGUUGUAUCCACAAGGAUUGGGGCGAUGGGAUCUUAUGCGCGACCGCCUCUUGCAGAGCGCUGAUGCGCAUCCGUGGGAAAAGAAAACUCCCGUGGGCUUUUUCCGGGGAUCUCGCACGAGUGCCGAUCGUGAUCCGCUGGUAUUGCUAUCCCGUCAACAGCCUGGUUUGGUUGACGCGGCGUACACAAAGAAUCAAGCAUGGCGUUCAGAAGAUGAUACGCUGGGAUUGCCUCCAGCGGACGAAGUUUCGUUGGAAGAUCACUGCCAGUACAAAUACUUAUUUAAUUUCCGAGGCGUGGCGGCUAGUUUUCGUUUGAAGCAUUUGUUUCUGUGCGAUGCCGUGGUUCUGAAUGUGGAAUCUGACUGGGUUGAAUUUUUUUACGAUGAACUGAAACCAUGGGUACACUAUAUACCGGUUAGGAAAGAUCUUUCUGAUGUGCAGAUAAUAUUGGAUCUUCUCCGAGCCAACGAUGAUUUAGCUCGGCAGAUUGCAAGCAGAGGAAAAGAAUUUGUGUUUAGACAUCUUUCGUUGACAAAUGUCGAAGAUUAUUGGAAGGAUUUAUUAACGGAGUAUUCGAAACUCCUUCGCUACGCUGUGGUAAAACGACCUGAUGUGUAUGAAAUCAAGAAUACCGCUUCCUAGUUCUGGAAAUAGCGACAAUGUUUCGAAACCCGUUUUCGCAUGUGAUUUUAUUAAACAAACCAUGUGUUUAAGUGUAUAAAUGUAGGUGUCUGUAUGAUUGCAAUUCUGUCGUUUUCCAUUAAGCCAACAUAUGUUUGUGCUGCUCUCAUAAAACCUUACGAGUGGA